AUGCAGUCCCAACUUGCUUCAAAGCAAGUCCUACAAGCAGCUGGGAUCGAAAGCAAGGGAGGAAUCUAUGUGGGCACCAAUUUGUACUCAACAGGUGACAUGUUCUGUGGUGCCAUUGAUGUCUCCGGGCGGCCGGCUGGACGAGGAAUCCUCUACUACUUCGGGUCCGGUGACUGUGACGUCGCGACCUUCGACGCCACCCUGAAUCAGAUAGGGGAGGGAGUUCGAUUUGCGAAGGAUCGAGACUUAGCUUACAGGCUCUUCAACGGCCAGCUGGAAGGCGGGUCUUUGGACCUGGACGAGGCGCUGGAGAUUUCCGGGCUCCAGGAAACGCCGGCCCUACGAUCGGCGGACUCAAUUCCCAUAUGUUCAGGGUUCGACCCGGCUCGCUACAAGCAGACAAAGGCAUGGUUCGCCUACCGCAAGCUCUCCGGCUUAACGAAUGAGCAACCUGCAGGGCCGAGUCCGUACCUGCCCAUUUGGAGAUGA